CCUCUCUCUCUCCUCGCUCGCUCAAUCACUAACAUACACGCACACAGAGCGUGAAAUCUCAGCAGCCCAGCAGCACUGCUAGCGGUACAGUAUGAGGCUACAGUGAACACGUGUGGUACCAGGGGCCGUUAUGAGCGGGAAGAGCCUCUUAUUGAAGGUCAUUCUCCUGGGGGAUGGCGGCGUGGGCAAAAGUUCCCUCAUGAACCGCUACGUGACCGACCGUUUUGACUCGCAGUCUUUCCAUACCAUCGGUGUAGAGUUCCUCAACCGUGACCUGGAAAUCGACGGUCGGCUGGUCACCCUGCAGAUCUGGGACACGGCGGGCCAGGAGCGCUUCAAGAGCCUGCGCACACCCUUCUACCGCGGGGCGGACUGCUGCCUGCUCACGUUUGCCGUGGACGACCUGCAGAGCUUCCAGAACCUGGGCUGCUGGAAGAAGGAGUUCAUGUAUUACUCAGACGUACGAGACCCAGAGCGCUUCCCCUUUGUGGUGCUGGGAAACAAGGUGGACAAGGAAGAGCGUGAGGUCGGUGAGGAUGAGGCCAGGGCAUGGUGUGAGGAAAACGGCUGCUGUCCGUACUUCGAGACCAGCGCCAAGGACGACACGAACGUGGGGGCUGCUUUCGAGGCUGCCGUUCGGGAAGUUCUAGCCAGCGAGGACCCCAUUGACCACACCCUGCUGAGCAGCUCCAUUGAUCUCCAUGGAAAUCGUAAAGUGGCUCGCUCGUCCUGCUGUUGAGGUGCCUCUAAAUCGCCCCCGGCCUUGUGGCUUCA